AUGAACUUUGAUACCGAUGAUCCUGAAAUAGAAAUGCCGGAGGAGCUUUUCUUAGAUCUGACAAUCAACGACGUCCUCGAUAAUGCAGCUGACAUGGGACUUGUCGAGCCCUGGGCCAGCAUGUACGUCAGUGCCAUACGCGAGAAGAGAUAUGGUGAUGCUAUAUGGGCGAGAUACCAUAUUCUGGGAGACGUACAGGAAGGUGAAGAUGGGUACAUCGAGGGCACUGAGAUGACUGUGCAUGAUAGGAUUGAAAUGGAUGCGGCGCAGAAGAGAGUUGACGAUCCAGACAUGUAUGCGGAGUGUUUGGAGUUUUAUGAAGAUACUAGCGAGGCAGAUGGACAUCCUGAAAUUGCUGAACUCAUUACACUCAUUGGCGAGGUACCUCUUGAACAGGUGGAGGAUUGGCUUGAGGAGCAGAUUAGUUAG